GGGUAAGAGUGCGUGUAGGACACGACAGUCUCGCAGUGCACUACAACCUUCCUCAUCAGAACAGAGCACUUCAGAGCGUCGAGGAUGAAUAAAAAGAAAAAGAUCUCACUGUUGGAGGUGUGGCUCAGGAAUCGCACCGCUAAUCCAAAGAGAGCAGAAAAACUGAAACUAUGGCCGCGACAAAUGGCGUUACUGAGAGACCCCGAGCUGGUUUCAUCUCUCGUCCAGCAGAAUGUGAAGAUGGCCUGUUUGCUCCCCCACGCAGGCACCAAUGUGUUACGCCGCUUCACUCCAGAGUCGCUGGCUGAGUGCGAGCGACUUAAAGCAGAGGAAGAUGCUGAAAAUGCAAACAGGAAAGCCCAGAACAUUGAGAUCCCUGAGGAGGAAUUGCCCAAACCCUCCAAAGACCUGGAAGCUGGAAAACCCUUACCAUUUAUUUAUGGAGAUCCUCCACCUGAGCUCCUGAACAUCCCUCUGGAAGAACUCGAUCCCUACUACAAAUCCAAGAAAACUUUCAUUGUGAUCAGCAAAGGGAAUACAAUCAACAGGUUCAAUGUUGAGUCAGCAUGUUACCUCCUCAGCCCCUUUAACCCCAUCCGCAGAUUCUCCAUCCGAGUCCUCAUUCACUCAUUGUUCAGCAUGUUCAUCAUGGUAACCAUCCUGUCCAACUGCGUGUUCAUGACCAUGAGCGACCCACCUGAGUGGAGCAAAACUAUGGAGUACGUGUUCACAGGGAUCUACACCUUCGAGGCUCUGAUUAAAGUCUUAUCCAGAGGGUUCUGUAUCGGAGACUUCACAUUCCUUCGAGAUCCGUGGAACUGGCUGGAUUUCAUGGUGAUCAGCAUGGCGUACAUCACUGAGUUUGUGGACUUGGGAAACGUCUCAGCUCUGAGGACCUUCCGUGUGCUUCGAGCCCUGAAAACAAUCACUGUAAUUCCUGGUCUGAAAACCAUUGUUGGUGCACUGAUUCAGUCUGUGAAGAAGCUGGGAGACGUCAUGAUCCUGACCAUCUUCUGUCUGGCCGUUUUCGCUCUCAUUGGCCUGCAGCUGUUCAUGGGAAUUCUGCGCAACAAAUGCGUCCUGUGGCCUCCACCGAGCUUCGUCAACAACACAGACACAAACAGCACUUUCGACUGGGAACAAUUCAUCAACGAUCCUGAGUAUUUCUACUUCCUGCCUGGUAGCCUGGACCCACUUCUUUGUGGAAACAAUUCAGACUCUGGAGUGUGUCCCGAGGGCUAUGUGUGUAUGAAAACAGGAAGGAAUCCGAAUUACGGUUACACCAGCUACGACAACUUCGGCUGGGCCUUCCUCGCCCUCUUCCGCCUCAUGACAGAAGACUACUGGGAAAAUUUGUUCCAGCUGACGCUCCGGUCAGCAGGGAAGACCUACAUGAUCUUCUUCGUGGUCAUCUUUUUAGGCUCCUUUUAUCUGAUCAAUCUGAUUUUGGCUGUGGUGGCAAUGGCGUAUGCGGAGCAGAACGAAGCCACUAGAGCUGAAGCUAAAGAGAAAGAAGAAGAGUAUAACAUGAUCAUGGAGCAGCUCAAAAUGCAAUCUGAGCAAAAAAAAGCGAUGAUGAAAGAAAGCAUGACUUCGCUCUCGAGCAAUAAGAAAGAAGAGUAUGAUGAAAAUCAUGAAGAGUGUAUUGAGGUGAAAAAAUCAAAUGGAUCCAAAGGAAGCAUGGAUUUACUAGAAAUACCUGGCCAGCAAAACAGGAAAGCCAGUGUUAUAAGCGCUGCAAGCCAUACACUAGAAGAAUUGGAAGAGCUAGAAAGGCCAUGCCCACCUUGCUGGUACAAGUUUGCAGACAUUUUUCUAAAGUGGAAUUGCUGUGUACCAUGGAUCAAAUUCAAAAAAUGGGUGCACUUCAUUGUGAUGGAUCCUUUUGUGGACCUGGGCAUCACUAUCUGCAUCGUAUUAAACACAGUCUUCUUGGCCAUGGAGCAUUAUCCAAUGACUGAUGACUUCGAACAUGUCUUAUCUGUUGGGAAUUUGGUGUUCACAGGCAUCUUCGCUGCGGAGAUGGUCCUCAAACUCAUAGCGCUGGACCCAUACUACUACUUCCAGGUUGGCUGGAAUAUAUUUGACAGCAUCAUCGUGACCAUGAGUCUUGUGGAACUCGGACUGGCUAACGUAGAAGGGCUCUCUGUGCUCCGGUCCUUCCGAAUUAUGCGUGUCUUCAAGUUGACAAAGACAGGGCCCACCCUAAACAUGCUGAUUAAGAUUAUUGGUAACUCUGUGGGUGCCCUGGGGAACCUGACGCUCGUCCUGGGUAUCAUCGUCUUCAUCUUUGCUGUGGUGGGCAUGCAGCUGUUUGGGAAGAGCUACAGGGACUGCGUUUGUAAAAUCGCUGCAGACUGUGAGCUGCCACGCUGGCACAUGACAGACUUCUUCCAUUCAUUCCUAAUUGUGUUUCGGAUACUCUGUGGCGAGUGGAUUGAAACCAUGUGGGACUGCAUGGAGGUGGCAAGCCAGCCCAUGUGCAUUACCGUCUUCAUGAUGGUCAUGGUGAUUGGAAACCUGGUGGUCCUGAAUCUUUUCCUGGCGUUGCUGCUUAGCUCCUUCAGUGGAGAUAAUUUGUCAUCAUCAGACGACGAUGGUGAAAUGAACAACCUUCAGAUUGCCAUAUCAAGAAUCACCAGGGGCAUCGACUGGGUCAAGGCCUUCGUUAUCACACACAUAAGGCAUUUGUUGGGGCUGAAACCGAAGGAAGAGGAUAAGAAAGGAAAUGAUUUGGUCCUAAACCACAUGGACACUGGUGAGUCAGGGGAUGAGACCAAGGAGGAGCUGAAACUGGAGCUUGAUGGUGCUCUUAGAAUGGCUGUUGUUCCAAUUGCAAAGGGAGAGUCUGAUGUUGAAAGCCCGUAUGAAGAUGAUAGCACUUUUGAAGAUGAAGAAAAGGUCAAUGAAAAAAAGGAACCUAAAAAUGCAGAUGACUCGUCCAGCUGCAGCACUGUGGACAAACCUCCAGAGGUGGAAGAAGCAGAUUCAGAGGAUGAACCAGAUCCCAUUACUCCAGCUGAUUGCUUCACAGACAACUGCAUUAGACGAUGCCCAUGCCUGGAUUUGGACAUCACCAAGGGCAGAGGAAAGGUAUGGUGGAACAUCCGUAAGACCUGUUAUGCCAUUGUGGAGCACAACUACUUUGAGACCUUCAUCAUCUUCAUGAUUCUCCUCAGCAGUGGUGCCUUGGCAUUUGAAGAUAUUUACAUUGAGCAGCGACGAGUGAUUAAAAUCAUUCUUGAAUACGCAGAUCAGGUCUUCACCUACAUAUUUGUCAUCGAGAUGCUUCUGAAAUGGGCUGCAUAUGGUUUCAAGAUCUAUUUCACCAACGCUUGGUGCUGGCUGGACUUCCUCAUUGUUGACGUCUCCCUGAUCAGCUUGACAGCUAACAUUCUGGGUUACUCUGAGCUUGGACCCAUCAAAUCCCUGAGGACAUUGAGAGCUCUAAGGCCACUUCGCGCCUUGUCCAGAUUUGAGGGAAUGAGGGUGGUUGUGAACGCCCUGGUUGGAGCAAUUCCCUCCAUAUUUAACGUGAUGCUGGUGUGUUUGUCCUUCUGGCUGAUCUUCAGCAUAAUGGGUGUGAACCUGUUUGCUGGAAAAUUCCACUAUUGCUUUAACACCACCUCUGAAGAGUAUUUCACACUUGAAGUGGUGAACAACAAAAGCGAUUGCAUGGAGCUGAUGCUUAGUUCUGACGACGUGAGAUGGAUGAACACCAAGAUCAACUUCGAUAACGUGGGCAUGGGCUACCUCUCCCUGCUUCAAGUGGCAACAUUUAAAGGUUGGUUGGAGAUCAUGUAUGCUGCAGUGGAUUCUCGGCUGACGGAAGAUCAGCCAGAUUAUGAGGCUAACCUCUACAUGUACCUGUACUUUGUGAUUUUCAUCAUCUUUGGCUCCUUUUUUACCCUCAAUUUGUUCAUCGGUGUCAUCAUUGAUAACUUCAACCAACAGAAAUCAAAGAUAAGAGGACAAGACCUCUUCAUGACAGAGGAGCAGAAGAAAUACUAUAACGCUAUGAAGAAACUUGGCUCAAAGAAGCCACAGAAACCCAUCCCACGCCCUCAAAACUGUUUGCAAGGCUUCGUCUUCGACAUUGUCACUAAACAGUUCUUCGACAUCCUGAUCAUGGGCCUGAUCUGUCUGAACAUGGUCACCAUGAUGGUGGAGACGGAUGACCAGAGCGCAGAGGUUGAAGAGAUCCUGUACAUAAUCAACUUUGUCUUUAUCGUUGUCUUCACUGGAGAGUGCGUGCUCAAGCUCAUUGCACUACGACAGUAUUUCUUUCACGUUGGAUGGAAUAUUUUCGAUUUUAUCGUAGUCAUACUUUCAAUUGUGGGCUUAGUCCUAGCUGAUAUCAUCGAGAAGUAUUUUGUGUCACCUACGCUUUUCCGUGUCAUCCGACUUGCCAGAAUCGGCCGCGUUCUGCGACUUAUCCGGGGUGCUAAAGGUAUCCGAACACUGCUGUUUGCUCUGAUGAUGUCACUCCCUGCUCUCUUCAACAUCGGACUCCUCCUCCUUUUGAUCAUGUUCAUCUUCUCCAUCUUUGGCAUGUCCAACUUCGCAUAUGUGAAAAAAGAUGCCGGCAUUAACGACAUGUUCAAUUUUGAGACCUUUGGGAACAGUUUCAUGUGUAUGUUCAUGAUCACGACGUCUGCUGGCUGGGACGGACUACUGUCCCCGAUCCUAGACAGCAAACCUCCAGACUGUGACCCGGACGUUGAGAAUCCUGGCACGGAUGUGAAGGGAAACUGUGGGAACGCCGCUGUGGGAAUAGUCUUCUUUUGCAGCUACAUCGUGAUGUCGUUCCUAGUGGUGGUGAACAUGUAUAUUGUCAUCAUUCUGGAGAACUUCAACGUGGCAACGGAGGAGAGCAGUGAGCCUUUAUGCAAGGAAGACUUCGAGAUGUUCUACGAGACCUGGGAGAAGUUUGAUCCGGACGCUUCGCAAUUCAUUGAAUACAGCGUGCUGUCCGAUUUCUUCGACACACUGAAAGAUCCACUAAAGAUCCCCAAGCCCAACACGGUCAAGCUGAUCGCUAUGGACCUGCCGAUGGUCCCCGGGGACAGGAUCCACUGUCUGGACAUCCUGCUGGCUCUCACUGCCGAGGUACUGGGUGAGUCUGGGGAAAUGGACAUGCUCAAGUCGAGUAUGGAGGAGAAAUUCAUGGCAAAUAACCCGUCUAAAGUGUCGUACGAGCCCAUAUCCAGCACUCUCCGAAGGAAGCAGGAGGAAGUGGCCGCUAUCGUCAUCCAGAGAGCCUUCCGCAAAUACAAACUCAAGCAUCCUCACAAACUGGGAGCCCAUAGCUUUAGACAAAAGAUUGACAAGCCUCCGAGUGUAGCUCUGCAGAACGAGGUGGUCUUACACUCCGCCCCUUUCACUAUCCCUGAUACGGACUACGUCGACAACUUGAAGGAGUCCAUCGUGUAGCAAGAUCUUACUGGUUUUUCUGGAUACAACUUCAUCAAUGUGACAUUGUUGUCACUUCCACUGCUUGUUCGACUCUUCCAAAGUUAUCACGUCCCGGAUACGAAGGACAUGUGAGCGUGACAUGUUUUAUAGGUCACUAUAAAGAAGUAAAGAACUAAAAUCUGUGAAGAAGCCAGUGGCGUGAAAUCUUUAAAAAAAUAAAAUAAAAUUGCAUUAAAGAUGUUAGUCAGGCUCUAAGCACAGUUUCCUAAUCCUGGAAAAAAAAUAGAACAAAGUACAAAUGUAGCAUGGGACUUUUAGAUACUUUUGAUACAAGACCGAAGAAAUUGUUAGCUUACAUGGUGCAGCUUGAGAAGGACUUUUUCUUGUCAAAAUUCAAUAUAAAACAAAGAAAACAUGCUGUUUCGAUUUCUCUAUCACCGAUAACCCAAAUCUGACAUCAGAUAAAUCAAAUGUACUCAAAUGUUGAAGCCAUUUGUCUGAAUAUAAUGCAAAGGACUUCAAUCCUUUCUUAUUUUAGUGUGAUCAGUUAGCCAUGCGUUUCAAUAGCCAUGCAUUUAAGUCAUCAACCUCAUCUGCUCAACUCCUCAUACCACAUGAUGACCACCUACAGCACGAGGGAACAGGAAAGGGAACAAAGCUUCAGCCUGAACUAUAACAACAUACACUUGGACAUAGCUUAGUUAAUACUUUAUUUAACAGAAUCAAGUCAGACAGUUAUCAUGUGCAGUAUAAAUGGCAGAGUUAGCCUUUCUUUGUGAGGGACAUAUUACAUAUUUCUUUUUCCUGUUUCCAUUUAAAAAAAGAUCUCCUCCAUUUUAUGCUGAAUUUUUCUCAAACACAAUUUUCUGGCUAGUCUAUGACGAGUUUCUGGUUAAACAAGAGUUUCUAUAACAAGUUUAAAUCUAGUUUCUGGUUGGUUUCUGGCUAUUUUCUUACUCGUUUACGGGUAGUUUGUUUGAACACAGCAAAGACGAUUCAGGCUUUUAAAAAAGGUAUCCACAUAUUACGCAAAUACUUAAAAUCAGAGCUUGAAAUGAAAAAGAGUUUUAAAAACUAAGAUGACAUUGUUCCUGACCCUCAUGAUGACUUGAUCCCUUGUGUCUCGUUUUACAUGCUUGAGCAAAGCAGAAGUAAUAAGACGUGGAGGAAGUUGAGCUGAAAACAGUAUUUGAACGCAUCUCUUAUUUGGACACACUAGCACCCUAGCAAUUUCACACAACAAACCUAGAGUUUGGAUGAUUUCGACUUAUUUUCUUGGCUGGAGGCGUGAAAGCCUUUGCAGCAUUAGGUGUAAACAAUAGUUUAUCAACCAAUAUCAAUACAGCUGCAUAUUAUUAAUAUACUAGUUUAAUUGUACGAGUCCAGACAGAUACACUUAAGGUCUUAAAUGCUUUUUAAUGUCAAAUGUAAAAUUUGUACUAAUUUGCACGAGCCAGCUUGAAUGAAAAGUUAGUGACGCUAGUUACAAUGUGAAUGCCGUAUUAAAUUAAACAACUAAGAAGCUAUGAAGCUAAGAAGCUAGCUUUUCAUUUCAGAAUGGAUUUCUAUGAUGUGUUAUUGUAACAUUUGCUUUACUGACUUUGUGCUUUAGAUUUACUGUUUAAUUACAGAUUAAUCACCGUUAUCCCUACAGACCAAACAAAAAGACUCACCAAACGUACAGCAGUGUUAUUAACUGUUAUAGAUUAAGGUUUUGGCCAUUUCCAAUUACAUUACAUUUAGUUUAAUCGAAUCAGAUAUUAGAUUAGAUUAUUGGGUUUAUUGUCCCAUUUUUCAGCUCAUGGAAUAGUAAACAUUUCUUAAUUCACUCGGAGUUGUUCCUCUGUUAGCUUUUUGAUUAAUAUUUACAACUAAAGGAAUUUGGAGUACUUUUGAUGGGCAGUGUAUAUGUAAAGAUUUACUUUAUCUUUAAUCCUUCAGUCAUGUUGUGUUUUCAAUGAUUGCAUUUAAAGUCUCUCAUUUAAAGUAGCUUUAUACUCCGUCACAAUGAUUCAUUUAUGCUAAUAAAUACACGUUUAGCAAGAUUAAUAAUAAUAAUCAUAAUAAUAAUAAUUCUACAAACAUAACAUAACCUACUCAAUGGUACAUAAAGUUCAUGUCACUGAAAUAACUUUUUUUUUAGAUUCAAUAUAACAGGAUUCUUAUAUGAUUGUUCUUUUAUAUCCUGAAUUGUCUUAUUCUACUUAUUCAGAGGUCAUUUUAACCCAAUGAGAAUUUAUAUUAUUAAUAUUAUAUUAUUUUAAAAAAUAACAAAAAUAAUGUGAACUUUUUUUUUCUUUUAAUUUCAUUUUUAAUGAUUAAUUUUUAACAUUUGUUUUCUACUUUUUUGAUUUUCUCAGUUAAAACCACCUGAUAUCUGGUUCACAUGCACUGAUUCUCUGUACCGUCUCUACAACAGGCCACUUUUAUUAACCUGACAGAACUGCACCUGCUUCUCUGUCACUGUAUAAUUUAUGUAUAAAAUGUUUUUUUUGAGGAUAACAAUUAAUAAACUGGAAAAUCUUU